UUGUGGACGGUAUAUAUUGGGCAUCCCCAUACUGACUGAAGGCAUUUGCGACUUGAGAGGUCAGUGAGACAUUCUCAUGGCAAAAGUGCUCUUGGUCUAGACUAGCUCCAUGGCUAGUCAGAGUGCUAAGGAGAUACCCAAAGGGAAGCUGGCCCCAUCUGAUGAUGGAGAGCCAGCACCAGAAUUACCAUCUAGUUCAUCCCAGGAUCCAAAUUUGGAUUCCGGGGAGAUUUUGGUGAUGAAUAGGGACCAAGCAGUGAUCCAAGAUCCAGGCCCCCAAGACAACCCACAACCACAGGCCCCAAACCAAGGCGCCGCCAACGUGGGAGAAAACAACAGUAUUCUUGGGCUCUCCUUCCCAAGAAAGCUUUGGAUGAUCCUGGAGGACAACACCUUCACGUCCGUGCGCUGGAACGAUGCCGGGGACACCGUGAUCAUCGACGAAGACCUUUUCCAGAGGGAGGUUCUUCACCGCAGAGGUGCGGAGAGAAUCUUUGAAACUGACAGCUUGAAGACUUUCAUCCGCCUGCUGAACCUGUACGGCUUCAGCAAAAUACGAGCAACCGACCCUUGGGGGAUUCAGUCCCCAGGGAAUAAGAGAAUGCUGAUUUACCGCAACGCCAACUUUCAGAGAGACAAGCCUUUCCUGCUCGGGAACAUUCAGAGGAAAAGUGACCUGAGAGUCACCACCACCUGGCUAGGCACCAGUGCACCAACUCCAAAGAGAAAGAAGCCGGUGGCAGCAACAAGACAGUCCCCACGAAUCCAUCACGAGGAACCCGCCAACGACGACAAGACGGUCCUCGGCGCAGCCCCAAAUGCUCAGGGUCCCAGCGGCAGCCAGUCCUUCGCCUUCUCUGGCAUUUGGUCUCUGAGCAGCGCAGCCGGGUAUGCCAUGGCAACUCAUGGCCCGAGUGAGCCAGGUGGCCUGAGUGGGGAGGGCACCUCCAGGAACAUGAUGUUUGUGCCCCUGGCUACUGCCAGAAGGGAUGACACAGGGGAACUGCCCGUCAGCCCCCCAGUUUACCCCGACUAUGGUACGGUGAUGUCUCUGUAUAACACCUGUUAUUCCAUCCUGCUGGCAGCCCUGUCAGUCAUGUCCCCAAAUGAGGCCCCCAGUGAGAACGAGGAGCAGGAGGGCUCCUCAGAUUACAAGUGUGCCCUCUGUGAACAUUUCAAGGAAAAUCCGGGUCCCUAGGCUCACAGGCCACUGAUGACAGCUAAAAACUCACCACUGUAACCGUCAAUCUAUUUUCGGCUUUAAUGGAAACAAACACAACUCUGCGGGAGUAAAUAAACAGUCUGACUAGAA